AUGCUCGUAGAAGGCGUUUUUCAUAAACGGAGUCUUCCUCCGGAAUUCCUGUGUCUUUUUUUCAAGAAUGGAGUUUCCAUGAAAGAGUUAUGCGUUGGACAAGAGUCGACAUCGCUGUCAGUCGGCUACAGCUGUCAAAGUGUAGAUAAAUCUAUUGUUGGAUUUUGCUGUACGGAACCUUCAAUCCAUAAUAUCAACAACGGGACCAACGAAAAAGAGUCAGAUUUGAAAGAUUUAACCAAAAUAGUCAACGAAGGCUAUUCAGAUGAUCUCAAAACCGAGAUAUCACCUACAACUCAUCUGAUUCACACCUACGCUUACGAUUUAAUGACUGUACUGUCGUGCCCGUACGAACUCACACCUUCGUAUUUGAUCAACUCGCAGAUCAUCAUGGAGUGCACAAAAACCGACCAACUAACAAAUUCUUGCCCAGCUCCAGCUAUGUGUGUCAGAGCACCCAGAGAUGUGCUGAAACGCUCAAUAUGCUGCUCGGGUUCUGUGCUAACCUAUAAUCUCCAACACAAGUUUCCUACCCUAUGA